AUGGAAUUAACUAAUCCUUCAGUCGACACAAUAUCUACCGUUGAAACUGUUAAAACAGAAAAGGAAGAAUGCCAACCAUAUACUAUAUUGGAAAAUAAUGACGAUUCGAUAGCUGAUGAUCCCUACAGUAAUCGAAAAAGUAAGAGUUACACUGCACGAGAAAUAACUACUGGAACUGGAAGUACUGUUGAAGGUGUUGUAAAGCAACACAAUUUAGAAAGAAAGCCUUCUCCCCAACAGGACUUACAGUUUGAUUUUAAUCGGUUCCUUCAACAAAUGGCUAAUCCAAGUGCAACAAAUAUUGCACGUUACGUCAAAAAUUUUGAACGGGAAUUUGAAAAAAAGCCUUGGCCUGCCAACGAUCAAAUCAGAAUCAUACAUGAUUUUUUAGAAUUUAUAUCUUUAAAAAUGCGCGACUGUGAAUUAUGGCGUAAUGCAUCCGAUGCCGAAUUCGAAAAUGCUAAAGAGGGUAUGGAAAAAUUGGUUAUGAAUCGAUUGUAUAAAUUAACUUUUUCCCCUGCCAUCAAAGGUCCUGUUACAACUGACGAUAGAGAACGUGACGAAAUUUUACAUCAAAAAAUUCAAAUAUUUCGAUGGGUAAAAGAAGAACAUUUAGAUAUAACUCGAGCUGAUCAUAAUGAACAAUAUUUUGAAUUCGCAAAGAAUGGCCUCAUAAGGCACGUAGAUGGGGAGGAAAGUGCCGACAAAUUUCUUCCUAUCCUUAUAUUUGUUGUGUUGAAAGCCAACCCUGAUAAUUUAGUAUCUAAUGUCCAGUAUAUUUAUCGCUUUCGAAAUCCUGAAAAAUUACAAUCUGAAGCCGGUUAUUAUCUUUCAAGUUUGAUGGGUGCUAUUUCAUUUAUUGAGAAUAUGGAUGCUACCUCUCUUUCUAUAACACAAGAAGAUUUCGAAGCAAAUAUUGAAGCAACUGUAAAAGAAAUUGAUCGUGAACGUCCAAAAUUGCAAGAAAAUAAUAGAGAAAUUAGUUAUGAUAAUGUGAUGCAUCCAUCAAAAAACCCUUUACAUGUUAGAACUCCAAUUUUGAAUCCUGCACAAGCUAAAGCUCUUUUUGAAAAAGGGAGUAUUUUGGCUCAGAAGACAAUACAAAAACCGUUGAACAUAGUUGGAAGAAUAUUUUCCGAAAUUAGUAAUGACUUCAAUGAGAUGAAUGAACAGCUAUCAACUCGUCACGUUAAUAACUCUUUGUCAGAUGUUAAUUCAGCUUCAGAGUCGUCGUCGCUAAGUACUUCCCCUCAUAAGUCUUCACACAUUGAUUCCAUAAAUACUUCUCCAAGACGAUUAUCGGAUAGUGAUACUUCUCAGCAUAUUUCCUCUUCAAAUUUUACCCACGAUUCUAACGAUAAUUCGGAUGUACAGGCUGAAGUUGCUAAACUUUCUGAAGCAGAAUUUCAAUAUUCACUUUCACAACUUCGAUCCAUGUUUCCUAAUAUGGAACCUGAUAUUUGUGAACUUGUAUUACAAAAUAACGAAUGGAGAAUUGACCGAGCUGUAGAUCAAUUACUUGAGAUAUCUGAUCCAAAU